UGUAGCUCUGAUGUAUAGCUUAUGUAAAGUGUGACUAGUAGUACAGACUAUGGUCUAGCUGCUAGCUGCUGGCCACACGACGCAGACGCCAGGCGCGUGUCUGCUGAGGAGGACACGCGCAUGAAGCAUCAAAGCAGAGCCAUUUUAGCUGCUGCUCGCUCCCGGGACACCUGGGACGGACCGCACAGAGGCUCACGGGGAAUACCGGUAAUAGCCAUGGCUGUGUGAAGAGAAGCACCGACAUGCUCUCGCUGCUGUUCCUGAUGUAGAGAGGCUCCAGCUGCACUAACGUAAGGAGGACAGUGAUGACAACACUUCCCAUUUCCUAACCACAUUACCAUGGCAACAGGAAGAAAAGGAUCCACCUCGAAGGCCGGUGGGGUGCGUUUCCCUGAUGAUGACGAGCCCCCUGGCUCUCCAACACGGAGAGAUGACGAGUGCAACCGCAGUACCCUCAUCGCUGUGCUGGAGAAGGAUGGAGGCUACCUGGUCAAGGCUGGUUUCCUGAGGAGCCAUCACUUGUAUGAGAUCGUAUUCACCGUCCCAGAUGUCCCCACUCUGGGCAAAGAGCUCUCCUGCCUCCCUUCCUCCUCUCCCAGCCGGAAGUUCCCCAGCCUCCGGGUGCAGCGCAUCACCUCUACACUGGAGGGAGGAGUGAAGGUAACCUGUGAGUACAGGACGCACCAGGAGGGGGUGCUGCAGGAGGAGCUCACUCUGGCGACAAGAGGGCGGAAAGGAAACCAACUGAAGGUCACCUUCAAGGCCAAGGUCAUUGACCGACAACAUGGGACCCCCAUGCUGAUGGAGGGGGUGAGGUGUCUGGGUGCUCGGAUAGACAGAGACUCAAGACGCAGCAGCGAGCAUGAGAAGAAAUGAUGGAAUGAUAUACUCACAUAUCCACAGUGUCAGAGAAGGGAAGUGUGGGAACAUCGACCUGUGGUCUGCAAGUUAGAAACAGCUCAAUUAGACUGGGAAAUACUGUCUGUCACGCUUUGUUCUGUUAUUGUGGUAUUCCACAUAUUUUGGUUGGAAAAUAACAGCUCAAACAAAUACUGUAGUCAAAGUAAAUAUACAUAAUGAAUGCUGAUCAAAAGCUUGUACAAAUGACAAUCGCAAGUACAGUACACCAGCAGUCAUCACUAGCCAGCUUACACACACACACACACACACACACACACACACACACACACACACACACACACACACACACACACACACACACACACACACACACACACACACACACACACACACACACACACACACACACACACAAAGUCACAGUAAUAAGUCACUGCCUGGAAAAUAAAAUUCAUGAUCCGCACCACACAAUUAUUUUUCUAUAUUAUCUUUUAACAACAGCCCGUCCAAGCAAAUGUUCCAACAUGCAUCCCAUACCUUAAAGAAGACUGAAACAUCUGUAAAGACAGCAGACUUGUACAAUGAUGCUGGUGCAUGUCAUUUGAGUUUUAGGCCAGUCAUUUCCUGUUAUCCUGAAUUCCACUCCAUAGCAACAGUAGUUGAGGGCACUUAGGGUUCAGCUUUGGCUGUUUGCAAUAAACAGUGACUCAGCAGCUUUCCUAACCAUCACACAAGUAUCAGGAGGCUGUUUCUCCUUUACUUUUAAGUAGCCUUUAACUUAAGGAGAGAAGAGUAUGAGGAUUACCCAUAAAACCACACUGUAUGUUAACAUAUGUUGAAUGUAAAUUACAAAGUAUGUAACAGCACAAUACUAUUGGAAUAUUUAUAAUGUAAUCUCAACAGCAGAAAGUGUUUUGAAAAACCACGAAAUAUGAUUUUCUUUUUACUUUACUGUGGUGCAACAGAAUCUGAAAAGAUAAAAACAUGUUUUCUUCACAAAAAUUAAGUACUGUAUAUGUAUGUUUGUUUUGUAUACUGUUAAUUCUGUAAAACAGAGACAAAGAUUAGUUAGUUUGCAUGAUUUACACUUCAUGUCAAGCAGUGGAACCAAAUGAACAGAUCCUGUCAGCUAAAUGUUCAACCUAGAGCAACACAAACAUGAUUUAGCCUAAGCUGUAGGCUAUAUAUACCACUAUAACUGCACUUUAUUACAUGCCCAAUAGUUUUUGGUGUAUUGUAUGCCUCAAAUAACUCUAAUACGAUGUUUGUGUUCUUGGUAGAUCAUCAGCUAAACGCUAACAUUUUAGCAUAAACAGUGUCCCCGGGCGCUGCACAAUAGCUGCCCACUGCUCCUAGCACUAGGAUGGGUUAAAUGCAGAGAACAAAUGUCACUGUGUGUGCUCUGCUGUGUGCAUGUAUGUAAUAAAUAAAGAGGGUUUCAUCCUCCGAUUCUAUCUAUCUACCUGUUGAGUAAAAACCUCCAUGCUAACCCUUUAGCAUUAAGUUAGCUUUGAAUCGUUCCUCAAUCGUUAUUUGAAUAACAUUUAAUUGGACACAAGUAGUGACAUUUAUUUAAGACAUGGACAAAUACAAUGUGUAAAUCACUUAGCACGCAAAAAUGUUAACUGUAGAAAACGUAGCUGGUGUCUCAGAUAAACAGUUAGCAGCUAGCUUGUUAGCUUCAAAGGUUUUCAUUUUCAAUGUCCGUGAGCAGUUUGAGCUGUCAGUCCCAUGUCUGACAUUAACAUUAUCAUUACAGGACUGUAGUCACAUUAAGCUAAUUAUUUUAAAAUUAAAUAGCCUAACUACCUUUUAUCAAUAGGCUAUACCUUUGAGCAUCCAUUAUUCUAUCUAAUCAAAAUGGCCAACAGUGUCACAUUAGCAGUGUACUACUGGAUUAGUAACAUGGUCCGUAUCUAGGGUACGUCACUAGUUAAUUUGGCACUAGAAGUUAGGACUAGUUGUCGAAGCUUCAUAGUGACACUGUGUCUAGCCGUGUCAUGGUACUCAGUUACUGUGUGUGUUGGAGAUCUACCAAGACACUUUCUUGACCAAAUGUUCUGAGUACAUCUCCUGUUUGUUUCAACAGUGUUGGUUGUGGACGUGCGGCCUGCAGUGUGUGUGUUCAAAGUGUAUCCUUGUAAAAAUGUUCCCAUCCCGACUUCACUAUUUGCCUGUUCACUUGAUGUCAAUAAAUUAUCU